AUGAUUUUUGAUGAUUAUGGAAUAAUAUUGAAAUCUAACCCAUCUAAUUAUGGGUUCCAAAACAACGAAGCUACGAUAUUGAGAAUGGUCAUUCAGGAUACGAAGCAAAAGAUCCAGGAUGUGGAAUCAAAGACUUAUAAAGAUGUUUUUGAUGCUGUUCGCAAGGAUAAGCCAAAACCCAUUUUGACAAAAAAAUUGUUCCAAAAGACUCGUAUGUAUAUGUCUCCUUUCUAUGAACGUGGCGAGGAGCUUAUGAAAGGAAUAUGGGAAAAAGAGGUUUCAAGGAAUAGAAUUCAGCAUUUACGAUUAAUUAACAUCGUACUUAGCAUUGCCUCUGCCAGUAUGUGGAUUUCUAUGUCUGAAACUUACGAACUGCAAAUGCAGAGAGGGAGUAAUAGCUUGGCUAGUAUAAUUAUAAAAGCAAGGAAUUAUCUUGAGACACCCAAUGAAAACUUUCCCCUUCCAGAGCAUCUUCUAGCUGCAUGGAAUAAUAUUUACGUAGAAGAGCGUGCAAUAGCGAAGGAGCUUUACAACCUUCAGCUGUUAUUUCAUAAAUGGCAAUUGUGGUUAUACCCGUGGUUGGCUAUGUUUGACGUUGCUUAUCAUUACUUUAUCACGAUUGAAGGAGAACAGAGGUACAAUUUUUACCUCCCUAAAAUAAUGUCUGAGAUAAGGAUAUAUAUGGCUGAGUUCAAGGAACAGGAAACUCGCAAGCGUAUGCUUUUGGCACUGGAAGAUCUUGAUAAUGCAAUCCGUGGAGUGAAACGGGCACAUGAUAAAGUGUGA